CGAGCUAAUCCCCCACCGUCUUGUUUCAGGUCGGGGAACGGCAUCGCGUCCUUGUCACCGAUGAGUCGUUCGACACCCGUUUCUUCGUGGCCCACAACAAAUUCUACGAGCAGGUCCUGGUUCCGAAAAGCCCGGAGUUUAAGGGUAAGAUGAUCGAGGUGGACAUCUAUGAGACAGGCAAACACUUCAUGAAGGGGCGACCCGUCGAGGCCGGUGAGAUCUUCACCCCUUCCAUUGCUCUACCUCUGAAGAAAGGGGAGGUAUCCGGGCUAACACAGCAGUGGGUGACUUCCUGUCAGAACGGCACCAUGCCGGGGGGGUCGGGUCAUUCGUGGAGCCUGAGUGGCAUCAUGCUGAAAGUGCUGUCUGUGGGGGUUGCCCUGAUGGCAGUUGCGCUCGCCAUUACCAUGAAGAAGCUCUGGUGAAGCCCCCCCACCUCCCCCGCCCCCCCCAUUCUAAGCUGGGAGAGCUCUGACUGUCAGAUAUUUAUUUUGUUUUUAACAAAAAAAUAUGAGGGACAUGAGAUUAUAUUUUUGGUAAUGAGUUCCCAUAAAAGUAGGCCUUCCUAUUUCAAAAAACACUUUGUGAUGUUUGUUCAAAGACCUGUUUUCCAUUGCUUUUAAUCGCAGUCUGUUUGCCCCCCACCCGCAACAGCAAACACUGAUAUUAGAUUCUUUUUUUAAAUCUUAGCCGUGUUUUAUUUUCUGAAGCAUAUUGUCUUACCUUGAUAGUUCCUCAUAUUUUCUGCCUCUUUUUGAGAACUUACAGCAUCCAAUAAAAGCCAAUUUCACACAA